AUGAAAGGCGCGAUGCCUCCCCGGCAGCCGCCCGUACGUCCUUGCGUCGUGCCAAGAGCGUCUAUCGCUCGCGCUUUUGCGGCGUUUGCUGUUUCAAUAGUCGCUAGUUAUUUGGUCGGGACCAAAAUGGGGCCCAUCACAGUUAUAAUUACCCUGGCGCUGUUCUUGUUCGGCUCGUUUAACUUACUGCGACAUGCACUGAACCUCGUGGUCGUCAACGCUAAUGAGGCAAAUUAUAAUAAUAUGCUACGUCGUGCGGACUUGAUGCAGCAUCCUAGUAAUCAGAAAUUCUCAGAUUGUGGAGAGAAUGCGUGGGUUUCCUUCGGGUUUAGCUGCAUGCAGGGCUGGCGUCGGGCUAUGGAGGAUGAUCAUGUUACUCUCCUGACCUGUGACGGUGGCUUUUUCGGUGUGUUUGACGGCCACAGUGGGGCGAAUGUGGCGAAGUUUUGUGGUGGCAAUAUAUUCGGGUUCAUAUCGCAAACUGAGGCAUAUAAAAAUGGAAACUACUCUAGGGCUAUCUACGACGGAUUUAUGACCAUAGAUAAGCACAUCUAUUCAAAUUUUAAGGAUGAAAAGAGUGGUUGUACAGCGGUUGUUCUCUUUGUUAAGGGUGACAAUCUCUACUGCGGCAAUGCUGGGGACAGCCGAUCGGUACUCUGUAGCGAUGGGGAACCGGUGCCUCUCAGCACAGACCACAAGCCCUUUCUUCCUACGGAACAGACCCGCAUUGAACGUGCUGGCGGCUAUGUGUGGAACCGCCGUGUGAAUGGAGCGUUGGCUCUUAGCAGGGCUAUCGGUGACUUCAGUUUCAAGUCAAAUACUCUGGUGCCGUGGGAUCAACAGGCUGUUACGAGUGCUCCGGAGGUUCAUCGCACUCUUUUGGACCGCACACGCGAUGAAUUCGCGGUUGUCGCUUGCGAUGGGAUAUGGGAUGUGUUGAGCAACGAACAAGUGGUGCGGUUUGUGCGUCUCCGCAUCCAGCGUCAGGUCCCCUUGGACAAAAUAGCCGAGGAAUUGCUGGAUCACUGCCUUUCCCCCCAUCCCUUUGGUGUUGGAUGCGACAACAUGUCUGUUGUCAUUGUUAAAUUUAAGCAAUCGCCUCCUGUUUCUCCAGAAGAGGAAUUUAAUGUCCCAGCUGCUGACGUAGCAGAGUCCCCUGAACAAUUACCUCUACUGAGCCCUGCAUCUGACGGAGGCGGUAGAGAUUUCCGGGAGGAAAACAGACGAGUUGGAAGUAAUGUUACAGAGACUAACUCACUAUUAGUAGCAGAAGAUGGGGAGGAGAGUUGA